AUGGCGAUGGUGUCAGUGCUGGUGGUGGCUGCGUGUGUGGUUGUGUUGAGCGUUGUGGGUGUGCGGGGCUAUCAGGAUGAUGGCACGCGUGCGGCGCGGCCGUGGCCACCUGUGAAAACAUGGAACAAGUCAGCGUCGGGCUCUGUGGCCACGCUGAACCCGUGCACCUUCGUGUUCACGGACAAAUCGGCGCAGCCAUCUGGCGUGGAGCGCGCCAUCGACCUGUACAAGCACGUCAUCUUCGGCAACGCCGGCCCGUGCACAAGCGAGGACAAAGCCCGCAUGCUCGCCGGUGGGGACGUCCUCACUGGCAUCGAGAUCACGGCGCAGCACCCGAUCCCAGGGGUGGCGAAGAACCACGAGGAUUACGCGCUGGAGAUCCCUGCGGGCGGCACGGCCAUGCUCACAGCAACGUCGUACGAGGGCGUCCUCCGCGGCUUGGAGACAUUCUCCCAGCUUGUCCUGCAUUCUGCGCUGCAGCCCAACGAUGCUCGCACGUGGCACGUGGCAGAUGUCCCCUUGCAGAUUGAGGACGCGCCCACGUUUGGCCACCGCGGCUUGCUGAUUGACGUCGCCCGGACGUUCUUGCCCGUCCCCGUCAUCAAAACCAUCAUCGACGGCAUGAUGUACAGCAAGCUCAACAUCCUCCACGUGCACCUCACAGACUCGCAGGCAUUCCCGCUCCAGCUGCACCAGAACCCUGAGAUUACCUUCCAUGGCGCACAGUCGGCAGACAUGGUGUAUUCGCAGGACGACUUCCGGGAGCUGAUCCAGUACGCCACAGACCGCGGCGUGCGCGUCUACCCUGAGAUUGACUCGCCCGGCCAUACGCGUGCAAUGGGACUUGCGCCAACGCUGCACGAUAUCGUGUCGUGCGCCAACGUGAGCAACUGGGGCAAGUGCUGCAACGAGCCGCCAUGCGGGCAGCUGAACAUUGCCUCACAGCACAUGAUGCAGGUGCUCCGCAACGUGACGUCGGAGGUUGCGGCCCUCUUCUCCGACGAGUACUUCCAUCUUGGCUAUGACGAAAUCAACUUCAACUGCUGGAAGCAGGACGCAAGCGUCCAGCGGUACCUCAAGGAGCACAACGUGACCAUCAACGAGCUGCUGCUCACGUUCUUCAAGAACCAGCGCGACAUGCUGCACGACGUUGCCCCAGCCAAGAAGCGUCUCUAUUGGGAGGAGGCCAGCAAGCAGAACCCUCCUCUGCCCCUCGACAAAUCAACUAUUGUGCAGGUGUGGGGACCGCCAGCCACGCUACACGAAGUUCUUAACGACACCGACAGCGACGUCAUUGUGAGCACAUCCACAGACUUCUACCUCGACUGCGGCCUUGGAAACAUGUUUGGACAAGCGUCCUGGUGCGACCCAUACAAGACGUGGUGGCACAUGUACAGCCACGACAUCCUCGCUAACGUCUCAAAGUCUGACGCAUCACGCAUUCUCGGUGGAGAAUCAUGCAGUUGGGGCGAGCUCGCAGGUCCCGACAACUCGCUCGUGCGCAUUUUCCCGCGCGCGUCUGCAUACGGCGCUCGCCUGUGGCAGUACGCCAACACUGUCUCGCAGCGCGAAGCAAAUCUGCGUAUUGCGGACCACGCCGAGCGGCUGUCGCGCCGUGGCAUCCCUGUGAGCGGCACCACGCUCCAGUACUGCCGGCUGUACCCGGACAUGUGCUAUGGCUUCCUCGACAACAAGCAGCACGACGGCAACAUCCACCGCUAA